AAUUCGAGGCUGUGGGUGGGGUGGGAACAGCGGGAUAAAACACCACCCCAUAGGCGGGUGCCCAGACAUUACAAGGAAGCAGUGGCUGCUGAAAGAUAUCGGCGCAUCAGUGUAACACACCAUGGAGGAGCUGAGCAAAGCAAAUUGCCUUUUCACUCUUGACCUAUUCAGGACGCUGAUCGUAAGCAAUCAAGAUGGCAACAUAUUUUUUUCUCCAUUCAGCAUCUCUGUUGCAAUGGCUAUGGUUUACAUUGGGGCAAAAAAUAACACCGCAUCUCAAAUGGCAAAAACUCUUCAUUUUGAUCAAGUUCAAGACGUCCACUCUGGAUUCCAGAAAAUGCAAUCGGAGAUUAAUCGAGCUGAUUUUUCAUGUCUGUUGAAAGUGGCCAAUCGACUAUAUGGAGAGAAGAGCUACAACUUCCUAGAAGAAUUCUUUACGUCCUCCAUGAAAUUCUUUGGAGAAAAGAUGUCUGCAGUUGAUUUCCGAAAUGCUGCAAAUGAAAUAAGGCAGGAGAUUAAUAAGUGGGUGGAGUUACAGACCGCAGAUAAAAUCAAAGACUUGCUGGCUGAUGGCUCAGUUAACAGUGAUACUAGACUCGUGUUGGUGAAUGCUAUCUACUUCAAAGGAAGCUGGGCUGAGACAUUUGAUGAACGAGACACAGUGGAAAUGCCAUUCAAGCUGAGUAAGAAAGCAAGCAAGCCAGUGAAAAUGAUGUACCAAAAGAAAACGUUCUUUAUCUCCCAUAUUCAAGAAUUUAAUCUCCACGUUCUUGAGCUGCCAUAUGCUGGUAACGACUUUAGCAUGAUCAUCUUGUUGCCAGAUGACAUCAUGGACGAUUCGACAGGCCUGAAACAGCUGGAACAGGAACUUACAUUAGAAAAACUGCAAGAGUGGACACAUCCAAACUGUAUGAGAAAGCUGGAUGUUCAUGUUCAUCUGCCCAAAUUUAAACUGGAAGGUGACUAUGAGCUGAAAUCGCCCCUGUCCAGUUUAGGCAUGGGGGAUGUUUUCGACAGUUCAAAGGCCGAUCUAACUGGAAUGUCUGCAACCCGUGACUUGUAUGUUUCCAAAGUUGUGCACAAGUCUUUUGUGGAGGUGAAUGAGGAGGGAACUGAAGCAGCAGCAGCUACAGCAGUGAUGACUCAAUCCUGUAUGGUGAUGCAUGAAGAGUCUUUCACUGCCGAUCAUCCCUUCCUCUUUUUCAUCAGGCACAACAAAACAAACAGCAUUCUGUUCUUUGGCAGAUACUCUUCUCCCUGAACACCACCGAAGCAACAUGACUCGGUAAAAUCUGAAAGCGGAAUGUGGAAAUACAUUGCUGUUAAAAUCAUUCUUUUAUAUUUAAUGACAAUGAUAUUAAAUGAAUGCAUUUUA